CUACUGACGUCAAUGCAAUGCAUGCGCUGCCUCCGCCUCUUUCGAAUGAGAUAGAAAUUCUAACUGCGUAUACCAAAAUGUAUACGUGGACAUAUUAAGCGUAUAAAUAAGAACCUUACUUCAGUUGAAGUUUCAGAAAGCGCUGUAAGUUUCAAACGCGGACGUUUAAAGAUGAAACUCUUGCCAGUUUUUGCUUCAAUCCUUUUCUUCUAUGCGAUGGUCGUAGCGGAGGCACGGACUACAUCGAAGACGACUAGUCCUGUGUCGAAAACAACAAUCACUGCAAUACCAAAUACCAAAUACACAUGUUUUCUUUGGUGGUGUUGGGGCGCUCGUCCAACUACACAGCCCCCAAAGACGACGACUAAAACUACGACUACUACAAAACCAACCACAACAACAACAAAACCAACCACAACAACCACAAAACCAACCACAACAACCACAAAACCAACCACAACCACCACAAAACCAACCACAACCACCACAAAACCAACCACAACCACUAAAAAGCCAACCACAACCACCAAAAAACCAACCACAACCACUAAAAAGCCAACAACAACCACUAAAAAGCCAACCACAACCACUAAAAAGCCAACAACAACCACCAAAAAACCAACCACAACCACUAAAAAGCCAACCACAACCACUAAAAAGCCAAUAACAACCACAAAAAAACCAACCACAACCACUAAAAAACCAACAACAACCACCAAAAAGCCAACCACAACUACUAAAAAGCCAACCACAACAACCAAAAAGCCAACCACAACCACUAAAAAGCCAACAACAACCACCAAAAAACCAACCACAACCACUAAAAAGCCAACAACAACCACUAAAAAACCAACAACAACCACCAAAAAACCAACAACUUCUACACAGACGGAAACUUCAACAACCGCACAAACUACUUCAACGUCACAGCCAACAACUUCAACGACACAGACGGCAUCUUCAACAAUCCAACCAACAACUUCAACACAGGCGGGAACUUCAACAACCGCACAAACAACUUCAACGUCACAGCCAACAACUUCGACGACACAGACGGGAACUUCUACAACAAAUGCAGAAACUUCAACGACCCAACCAACAACUUCAACAACACAGACGGCAACUUCUACAACCAUUGCAGAAACUUCAACGACCCAACCAACAACUUCUACACAGACGGGAACUUCAACAACCGCACAAACAACUUCAACGUCACAGCCAACAACAUCAACGACACAGACGGCAUCUUCAACAACCCAACCAACAACUUCAACGUCACAGACGGGAACUUCUACAACCGAAGCGGGAACUUCAACAACCGUACACACAACUUCAACGUCACAGCCAACAACUUCGACGUCACAGACGGGAACUUCUACAACAAGUGCAGAAACCUCAACGACCCAUCCAACAACUUCAACGACACAGCCAACAACAACAACGACACAGACGGCAACUUCUACAACCGAAGCGGGAACUUCAUCAACCGCACAAACAACUUCAACGUCACAGACGGGAACUUCUACAACCCAACCAACAACUUCGACGACACAGACGGCAACUUCUACAACAAAUGCAGAAACUUCAACCGGGACUUCAACGACCCAACCAACAACCUCAACCACACAAUUAGAAACUUCAACGACACUCCCGACAACUUCAACAACUGACCAAUCAACUUCAACAACACAAGUAGAAACUUCAACGACACUCCCGACCACUUCAACAACUGACCAAGCAACCUCAACAACUGAACAAGCAACUUCAACGACACAAUCGUCAACAACACAAGUAGAAACUUCAACGACACUUCCGACAACUUCAACAACUAACCAAUCAACUUCAACAACACAAGUAGAAACUUCAACGACACUCCCGACCACUUCAACAACUGACCAAUCAACCUCAACAACUGAACAAGCAACUUCAACGACACAAUCGUCUACAACACAAGUGGAAACUUCAACGACACUUCCGACAACUUCAACAACUGACCAAUCAACUUCAACAACACAAGUAGAAACUUCAACGACUCUCCCGACAACUUCAACGACACUCCCGACAACUUCAACAACACAAGUAGAAACUUCAACGACACUCCCGACCACUUCAACAACUGAACAAGCAACUUCAACAACUGAACAAGCAACUUCAACGACACAAUCGUCUACAACACAAGUAGAAACUUCAACGACACUCCCGACAACUUCAACAACUGACCAAGCAACUUCAACGACCCAAUCGUCUACAACACAAGUAGAAACUUCAACGACUCUCCCGACAACUUCAACGACACUCCCGACAACUUCAACAACUGACCAAGCAACUUCAACGACACAAUCGUCUACAACACAAGUAGAAACUUCAACGACACUCCCGACAACUUCAACAACUGACCAAUCAACUUCAACAACACAAGUAGAAACUUCAACGACACUCCCGACCACUUCAACAACUGAACAAGCAACUUCAACGACACAAUCGUCUACACAAGUAGAAACUUCAACGACUCUCCCGACAACUUCAACGACACUCCUGACAACUUCAACAACUGACCAAGCAACUUCAACGACACAAUCGUCUACAACACAAGUAGAAACUUCAACGACUCUCCCGACAACUUCAACGACACUCCCGACCACUUCAACAACUGAACAAGCAACUUCAACGACCCAAUCGUCUACAACACAAGUAGAAACUUCAACGACACUCCCGACAACUUCAACAACUGACCAAGCAACUUCAACGACACAAUCGUCUCCAACACAAGUGGAAACUUCAACGACACUCCCGACAACUUCAACAACUGACCAAUCAACUUCAACAACACAAGUAGAAACUUCAACGACUCUCCCGACAACUUCAACGACACUCCCGACAACUUCAACAACUGACCAAGCAACUUCAACGACACAAUCGUCUACAACACAAGUAGAAACUUCAACGACACUCCCGACAACUUCAACAACUGACCAAUCAACUUCAACAACACAAGUAGAAACUUCAACGACACUCCCGACCACUUCAACAACUGAACAAGCAACUUCAACGACACAAUCGUCUACACAAGUAGAAACUUCAACGACUCUCCCGACAACUUCAACGACACUCCCGACCACUUCAACAACUGAACAAGCAACUUCAACGACCCAAUCGUCUACAACACAAGUAGAAACUUCAACGACACUCCCGACAACUUCAACAACUGACCAAGCAACUUCAACGACCCAAUCGUCUACAACACAAGUAGAAACUUCAACGACACUCCCGACAACUUCAACAACUGACCAAUCAACUUCAACAACACAAGUAGAAACUUCAACGACACUCCCGACCACUUCAACAACUGAACAAGCAACUUCAACGACACAAUCGUCUACACAAGUAGAAACUUCAACGACUCUCCCGACAACUUCAACGACACUCCCGACCACUUCAACAACUGAACAAGCAACUUCAACGACCCAAUCGUCUACAACACAAGUAGAAACUUCAACGACACUCCCGACAACUUCAACAACUGACCAAGCAACUUCAACGACACAAUCGUCUACAACACAAGUAGAAACUUCAACGACUCUCCCGACAACUUCAACGACACUCCUGACAACUUCAACGACUGACCAAGCAACUUCAACGACACAAUCGUCUACAACACAAGUAGAAACUUCAACGACACUCCCGACAACUUCAACAACUGACCAAGCAACUUCAACGACCCAAUCGUCUACAACACAAGUAGAAACUUCAACGACACUCCCGACAACUUCAACAACUGACCAAGCAACUUCAACGACCCAAUCGUCUACAACACAAGUAGAAACUUCAACGACACUCCCGACAACUUCAACAACUGACCAAUCAACUUCAACAACACAAGUAGAAACUUCAACGACACUCCCGACCACUUCAACAACUGAACAAGCAACUUCAACGACACAAUCGUCUACACAAGUAGAAACUUCAACGACUCUCCCGACAACUUCAACGACACUCCCGACCACUUCAACAACUAAACAAGCAACUUCAACGACCCAAUCGUCUACAACACAAGUAGAAACUUCAACGACACUCCCGACAACUUCAACAACUGACCAAGCAACUUCAACGACACAAUCGUCUACAACACAAGUAGAAACUUCAACGACUCUCCCGACAACUUCAACGACACUCCUGACAACUUCAACGACUGACCAAGCAACUUCAACGACACAAUCGUCUACAACACAAGUAGAAACUUCAACGACACUCCCGACAACUUCAACAACUGACCAAGCAACUUCAACGACACAAUCGUCUACAACACAAGUAGAAACUUCAACGACUCUCCCGACAACUUCAACGACACUCCUGACAACUUCAACGACUGACCAAGCAACUUCAACGACACAAUCGUCUACAACACAAGUGGAAACUUCAACGACACUCCCGACAACUUCAACAACUGACCAAGCAACUUCAACGACCCAAUCGUCUACAACACAAGUAGAAACUUCAACGACACUCCCGACAACUUCAACAACUGAACAAGCAACUUCAACGACACAAUCGUCUACAACACAAGUAGAAACUUCAACGACUCUCCCGACAACUUCAACGACACUCCCGACAACUUCAACGACUGACCAAGCAACUUCAACGACACAAUCGUCUACAACACAAGUAGAAACUUCAACGACACUCCCGACAACUUCAACAACUGACCAAUCAACUUCAACAACACAAGUAGAAACUUCAACGACACUCCCGACCACUUCAACAACUGAACAAGCAACCUCAACGACCCAAUCGUCAACAACACAAGUAGAAACUUCAACAACUGACCCGACAACUUCAACAACUGACCAAGCAACUUCAACGACACAAUCGUCUUCAACAACUUCCUAAAUUUAAACUUCCACAACUGAAGAUCGUCAACGACAGAGCUGAGCACUUCAACCACAUCCCAAAGUCAAAGAUAACUACGCUCAUAUAACUGAACAGCAUGCUAAAAUUAAAUAUUUGGUAACAAUCAGCAAACUAAUUCAUUUAUAAAAGUUGGUUAGGGUAAUGGUUUUUUAGCUAAAAAUGUAUCGUUGCUCUGGUUUCAUUGAUUAGAUUUUAAAGAUUGGUUAUUGGUCAAAUUUUAAAUUUUUAAAUAUCAUAAAUGAUUGAAUGAUAUAGAUUUUAAUCAGUUAUAAACCUAAAUGUGAACAAUACACUAAUAAUCGGCAGUAGUUUUCAAUCA